AUGGCAGUGCUCCCGGAGUUCACCACUGACGAAGUCGUGAUCACGGAUAUCCAAGUUGGCGAUCCUGGCGAAAACACGCCGGAGGAAAUCGACCGGCUGCGGAAGAUCAUCUGGCGCCGGAAGCACUUGCUUAUUGGAAAAGGCAAUGCCUUACCACCGGCCGCAAAAGGUGCGAUCUGCGACAUUGACGUCGGAAACGCGAAGCCAGUCGCUCAGCGUUGCCGUAAAGCGGCGCCGCAGUACCGCGAAAAGCUGAAGCAGCUAAUCAAGGGGCUCCUGUCGACCAAGAUGAUCAAGAUCUCAACGUCCCCUUGGGCAUCACCGAUCGUGGUGAUCGUCAAGAAGAACGGGGUCGACAUCAGACUCUGUAUUGACUACUGUAAUGGGCCUACCUUGGCUCACUACUACGGCUUACACGUAUGCGCACGUGUAUGA